ACAACGGAAGUUAGUAUAUCCGAAAAUGAACCAUGAACACAACAAGGAAAUUACAAAGAAAAUAUCAAGAAUCAGUAUAAACUUUGACUGGAACUAGCACAUCAUUGUUAGUGUGGUAUUUGUAUUUUGAACUUUUUAGUGGUGCUUGCGAAGCACUACUAUUGUUAUCUCUCAGGCUUCUUCUUCUUUUUCUUCUUCUUCUUUUGUACAAAAGUUUGGCACGUAACUAGUCCCACACCGCUUGUCUCAGACCCAUGAAUGAGGUGUCAAAUCAUGCGCCUUAUUCAGGAAUGGGGUGCUAUUACUUUUCUAAGGGGUAGGUGGAUAAUUGCCCCCGCCCCAAAAAGUCCCAUAGACUUAACAUUGAGACCAACAUCAGCUAUGACAUCAUAAAUAUGACAUCAUAGCUAUGUCUAUGAUGCCACGGCAAGCACCACUCAUAUUUUCUUCAGGAAAUGUGACUCUCUAGUAUGUAUUUCUUGGUUAUGGGGUAUGAUAUUUCAAGAAGCGAUAGCCCCUUCUCCACCAGGGUGUUCAAAAGGUUGACGGUCGUAAAGUAUUGGUCAAAGAACAAGUGGGUUUCUCUGGGAAUAGAUUUAGUCAAAUGAAGAACAGCUUAUGCUCCGAUGCCCUGUCCUGCUGUGAUUGGGAAGGUGGUCUUGCCUUGGUACACAACAAAAUCUAAGACCACGCCAUUUGUUGUGGCCAAGACAAACACCUUCAGUCCAAUUGGGUAUGGUUUCCCCGGGAACAUACUGGCGAACUGGCGAAUCUUAAAAAAAGCAUAACGUUAUUAGAUUUAUCAGAAUAUAUAUAUUUUAUCAGAAAAUUAUAAUUAUAAGUUAAAGGAAAAACCUAUAGGUACUGUUAAUAUUGAUAUAUAUUUAGAAGACAAUGACAGGGUGUACAUUGUAGUCUUGGCCCAGAGAAGACGAUGACCAGAUGUGGAUGGUUGUUCUCUCGCUGUCUCUUGUCUCUGUCUCUGUUUGGCCUGUCUGAACAUCAUCUGUGCUUUCUGACUCCUCUGACUCUGCCUCAAACUCUGCACUUUCAUCUUCCUCAUUUGACAGCUUAUUAUCUGAGUUUUCACCAACAAUUUGCAGCAAAAUUCUUUCUGCCUCUGAAAGUGACUCCCUUCCUGCUUACGAUAAUCAAAAUUUUGGUAAUAAUCACAACUGUCCACUAAGGAGGACAUUUUUUAAAUGUUUACUUAUCAUGGAAAAACAUUCAUACAUUACAUUAGAAAAUUCAUUAAAGUGUUUUUUAGAGAUUCAUGUAAAAUAAAAGAACAAAAUUUCAAGAUAAAAUUUUUUCAAUAAAAAAGAUUAAGCACUACUUUUUUUUCUUUCCAUAAAAUGUCCUGGUGGUGAUAGAUGCCAUUUUCCUAAAGGAGGAAGAGGAAGUUCCCAAAGCCCCACCCCUAUAAAUCUGGUAUCAUUUAAAAGUCCUGAAUGUCCUCUUUAAAGCACAAGAGGAGUCAAUUAGGUAGCAUGCAGGAUAUGGGACAUAUUCAAGUUUACAAAUGUCCUCUAGAGAGGACAAAUUUUAACUGCCGGUAGUCAGGAGGAUAUACUCAAGAUUGAUUUUGAACAGGAAAGUGAAAAACAAGGUCGCCAAUAUUAUCCCAGCCACUAAAUAUUGCCUAAUGAACAUGAUUCAUGCAGUAAAAGUGCAAUAAAGGUUUGUUUUUCCAGUUUUAUUCAAAUCCCAGUAGAGAUGCACGCGCGUCUGUUGAAGCCAGCCGAAGCGCCGAGCGAAUCAGUCACGUGACCCUCAGGGAACCGACACACUUCUGAAGCGAGGCUUUAUUUCGAGCCGACUCUUCUGCUCGAUACAAGCUUCGGAGCUUCAGCGUCAUACGUCACAGCCCUAGGAGCGAUAGUUUGGGUGACGUCAUAGUAAGCGUCCGUGCUGGUGUGUCGUUAACCGAGGUAAUAAUCAGCCGAGCGGUUGGAUGUGAGUUCACCAGCCGCACUCGGGGAACCAGAACAUCAAAGUGUCCUUGUUUUUUAAACCCUCCGCAGUGCCAAACUUACGGGUCGUUUACAGGUUUUGAGUCUGUGACGCCUGAGAUCUGAGCGCACCGUCACUCUCUUUUCCGUCACUGUAAUUUUUGACCUCUGACCCCAAGACUGUUCGUCACCAUGGCAGCCCAAUUGCUGGACGACACAGAGAGCCUGAUGUCCCUGUGCACCGUGUUUUGUCUGAAGAACCUGAAGAGAACCAUUUGCUACACGAGCAAGAGGAACAAACUGCGCCUGCGUCCAGACAUCUUCUUACCCAGCGAGAUCUGCAACAAGCUCGUUAACGUGUACAUGGAGCUGGUGCACACAGACAGUGAGUUUGAGCCUCUGGAAGGUUUCUUUCAGCUCUUCAGCGACCCACACAGCACCCGCCUGAGCCGACUGCACCUCAAAGAGGGUGUCGUACGGGACUGUGACCUCGAGGCCUUCAGGAAACAGGAUCUGAUGGAGCUCCACCUGACGCGCUGUAAUCACCUGAGAGUCCGAAGCCUCAGCACUCUGCGCAACUUCCGCCACUCGCUCGUGUCCCUCAGCCUCUUCGGCUGCUCUAAAAUCUUCUACAGCAAAAAAACUGACUUCUUAUUCCAGGGUUUCGAUAGGCUGUGCAUGUUGAACUUUGGCAGUCUGCAUCUGCCCAAGAAAAUAGACCUUGAAGUUCUGCUGAAGCCUCUGGACAAUCUCAGAGCUUUGGACCUGUCCUCAAUGUCCCUGCCCCGUCCCGCCUUCCUGGCGCAGUGGAGGGAGCAGCUGACCUCGCUGGUGCUUUACAACGUGUAUCUGAACGAGGAGCUCAUCACCACCGUCCUGUGCAUGAGACGACUGAGACACUUAGACAUCUCAUGUGAAAUUCACCACCAUUCCGUGUUCCAGCUGACGAGGGAGAUCCUCACAAACAUCAUACAGAUUUUAGGGAACCUUGUCUCGCUGGACAUCUCGGGACAUAUCAUGCUGGACAACUGCAUCGUGCCGUCCAUCAAGGAGGCCGUAGGACCGCCCAGCAUCGAGCCGUGUAAGAGCAGUAUUUUCCCGUUCCAGGGGUUGAAGAGACCCCUGCAGUUUUUGGGUCUUUAUAACACUCCACUGUGUGACGUCACACACAUCCCAGCGUUUAAGGUGACAGGCUCUAAGAAUGAGGAGCAGGUGCUAAACGCUAUCGAAGCUUACACUGAACAUCGUCCUGAGCUAGCACACACAGCCAUCAGGCAACUGUACAACUUCGUCCUAAUACAGCAAUGCAACAACCUGGGCCGAGCACUGCAGUUAGUGACAGCAGCUCUAAAAUGUCAUAAGUAUAAUAAGAGAAUCCAGAAGACAGGAAGUGAAGCUCUUGGCUACAUGAUCAGUUCAGAGUCGUGGAGGUUUCUGAGUGUGAAGAUACGUAGGCAGGCCAUCGAGGUCAUAGUCAAUGGCUUGGAGCGGUACCAGGAAUUCAUAGUUACACGUACUAGUUGUCAGACUCUUUGCAAAUUCAAAAUUCCUGGUGAGUUGGAUUUUCAGUAUCACCGCAUCAGCCUGCUGUUAGAGAAGAUCAUGGAGUCGCUGAUAAAUAGCGAAAUGCUGAGCUUGAUCUGGUACACAUACAAAGCCAUUUUCUUGAAGGAAACAAACAAUGACCACGAAGAGGCAGUCAGCAUAAUGGGCUUCAUUAAGGCCAUGUUGAAUUUAAUACAGAAGAAGUUGCAUGACACACUAAAUUAUGGGGUGAUAUUGUACUCAUGGAUGGAGUUGUCAGAAAUCACAGCUGGAAAGCCAAAUUUCUGCCAGAUGUUCCUCAAAUGCAGCGGCAUGAAAGUGUUCCUGGAUUGCUUAAAGGCAUUUCCAAGUAGUGAGCUACUGCACUGUAACAUGCUGGGGCUGCUGUGGAACGUGGCUGAGGUGAAGGAACUUAGACCUCAGCUUCUCACCAAGCAGGUCAUCACCGCCGUCAGUAACCUGUUGUGCAAGAAGACAAACGGGAUAAAGGUGUCGUACAACGCCUGUGAAUUUCUGUCCCACAUCAUGCUAGACGGGCCUGAAGUGUGGACUGUGGAGAACCCUAACAGAGACAUGGUCAUAGAAAAAAUGGUGGGCGCCAUCCAGAGCUGGGAUGUCACCUCGUACCAAAUCAUCGAAUACAGGUCGUUCGAGUCUAUUCUGCCUCUCCUCUCUCAGAGUAUAUCACCUGUCAGUCAGCACUGGGCCAUGUGGACUCUUUAUAGGCUGGUGUUUAUAGACCCAAAAAUAUACAGUGAAUUAUUAGUAAAAGAAGGAGGCAUUGCGUUGUUACAGAGAGUUCUCCAGCUGGAGUCUUCUCAUCAGGACACAAAGACAAUGGCACGCAAGGUGAUGGAGAAGUGUGGGAUCUUUAAAGAGGAUCCGAUGGACACCAGCAAUUAAGCGGGGAAGAGCAUCUGGUCCACCUUCAGACUCUCAGUGGGACGCCGCAGCUACAGGAGGCUAAACAGCCAAGAUUACUGUACACAUUUACACAACAAGCUUCAUUUAAUUAAUAAACAAUAAACCUGUACCCUAAGUGGAAGUUCUUUAACAGCAGAGGGACUAAAAGCAUCAUCUCAGUUUGAUCCUUAUAUUGUUUUUUUUCCCCCCAAAGAUAUAAGGUCCUAAUCACAGGUCUGAUAGACCUCACACUCCUCCUCUUCCUUUCAACUGUCUAUGAUUACAGUAAUUUAUUCAGUUAUGUGGCUA